AUGGGAGAUGGUUCGACAAAGGCCCUCAAGGCCGCCAACAUGUUCUCCUUUGACGAGUAUCUCAAGGUGGCUCAUGAAGGGCGGACGCCUGUAGACAUCGGACCUUUCAUGAAUGAUUUCUUAACAAACCCCAAGUACGAUGCAUCUGGAGCCGGCGGCUACAAGAGCCAAGCAGGCAAAGAGGCCAAAGCAGGCCUUUCGCCACAAGAGCGGCUGCAGCAGUCGUAUGACAAGGCCCAGCGUGAAGGCCGCAGAGCAAGCCCCAGAUUGAGCAAAGAGGAUGACAAGUCUGGGAAGUAUUCGCCUUAUGUGGUGAAGCAGGUGGAGUUACAAGCAGGCCCCAUCGAGCUGGGCAUCAUUGCCCCCCCGCACCAGGACUCUCGGAGGCCGAUACCCACCAUCUUAGCCAUCUCAAGAGGCGAGCAGCGCCAUGUCGCAAAGCUUUUCCGGGCCUUGCGGGCGGAAGAGCGUGGCUGGCAGUUGCUCGUGCCCAUGCGCACGGCCAACAGCCCCGACUUCUUUGAGCCGGCCGGCUUGACCAUCCUGGAGCAGCUCUUGAAGGCGGUGCUGGAGGAUCGAGAGGGCGACAUCAGUCCCUUCGGAGCCAUGAGCAACGUGUUCCAUUUCCUGGGCAUGAGCCAUGGUUCUGCCGCCUUGCUGUCCUUGGCUUGCAAAGCCCCCGAGCAAGUUGGCUCCUUGACACUCAUCCAGGGAUUCCUGCCACAGCUUUGCGAAAUCCAGGCGCUCAGAAACACGGAAAAUAUCCAUUUCUACGUGGGCGACCAAGAUGAGUUGGGCCACCGUGAGUAUCUCCGUGGCAUCAAGGAAUCCCUCAAGGAGGCCGGUGGCCGAUCGCACACGCAUCUUGUCAAGGGUGCCAGCCAUUAUGACAUCGACAAGUUCAUCGACCUGGAGGAUCUCUGGAAGCGACUGGAGUUGGCACGCUGA